AGAACUCGGCUGACCCAACCUGGUUUAGAGACAGUGAGGACGCAACAGAGACAAAAUCAAGGCAGACGCAGCCAUCAGCUUUGAGUCAAGCCAGGUCGGUGGGCUUGAGAUGCAAGGGAGCUGUUUCACCCUCCAUACUUGCCGGUGCAGAUCAAUAGAGGAUACGGUGCAUCUUACACCGCUUCAUCAGAUUGCAACGUGCUAUGAAUUACCUGAGCAUUCCCGGUCUCAGUCUCUAUUUUGGUGUAUCAUGGCAAUGCCCUCUAUUGUUGUGUGUUCAGGUGGACAUUCAGCCACGCUAGCCGAUGAUCAGACGACCACCGGCACCCGGGCCCCUCUGAGAGCUUCAGCUCACGACCACUCGUCGUCCGCGAAAGCAUAUAGAAUACGCGUUGCUGAAGAUCGAUGCGUUCGUAGUUGCGCCGCUUAAUGCCGGGACCUGCUUACGCCGACU